GGCAAGUUUUUAGGGAACUGUUUCUGGCUAUUUUGUGCAGCAAAGCAGGCGGACGACGUUGGCUAUCGUCAACCAGAUUUUCGAUACAAAAACAAAUAGAAAUAACAAUAAACUAAAUCCGCAAGAUGAUGAAAGCCGUCUCCUGUGCCCUUGUGCGCUCCAACGCACAGGCGCUGUCCACUGGCCUGCGGGCAAGCGGAGUCGCUGUCAAUGCCGUUGCCACGCGCCAGGGUCACACCGAUCUGCAGGUGCCGGACUUUACGCCAUAUCGCCGUGAUUCGGUCAAGGAUGCACGUCGUCGGAAUGAGAGCACGGAGGAGCGCAAGGCGUUCUCCUACAUGAUGGUGGGUGCCGGUGCCGUUGGCGGUGCCUACGCGGCCAAGGGGCUGGUCAACGCCUUCGUUAGCUCAAUGAGCGCCACAGCCGAUGUGCUGGCCAUGGCCAAAAUUGAAAUCAAGCUGGCCGACAUACCCGAGGGCAAGUCCGUGACAUUCAAGUGGCGCGGAAAGCCGCUGUUUAUUCGUCAUCGCACCCAGAGCGAGAUUCAAACCGAGAGGGGUGUGCCCACAUCGGAGCUGCGUGAUCCCGAAACUGACGAGCAACGCGUCAUCAAGCCGGAGUGGCUCGUGGUCAUUGGCGUCUGCACGCAUUUGGGAUGUGUGCCAAUUGCCAACUCGGGCGAUUGGGGCGGCUAUUAUUGCCCUUGCCACGGCUCCCAUUAUGAUGCAUCCGGACGUAUUCGCAAGGGACCGGCGCCAUUGAAUUUGGAGGUGCCCACCCAUGAGUUCCCCGAUGAGGGCACCCUUAUAGUCGGUUAAGGACUGUAGGCAAAGUGUUGUUUACCUUUAAGCAUAGACCGCGCGACAGCAAAUAGUGAAUGGAUUGAUGUAAAUUAAUAAAAACAAAAACAACCAAACAAACAAUAAAACUGCAAGUGAUUAUAUUUACACCUUACCAACUUCCACUUGCAAGAAUUAAGAAUAA